AUGGAUUCUUACAACCGCCGCGAUGCCUCCUGUCCAGAUGUGAUCGAUUUGGAAGCAGAUCAGAAAGUCAAGCAAAGCACUGAGAUCCGGAGCAAGUCUAUUGGAGACGCUUCUGCCGACGACUCCUCUGCAGAUGAGCUCAAAUCCCCGUAUACCGUCCUUUCCGAGAGAGAGAAACGAUUUUUUAUUGCAGUCGUAUCGACCGUCAACUUCCUAGGACCAGUAACGGCUACGAUCUAUUAUCCGGCUUUGGGGCCACUGGCGCGCGAGUUGAAUGUCUCUGAGAGUCACAUUAACCUGACUAUCACGUUCUAUCUGAUUAUCUUAGGAAUUGUUCCCCUCUUGACAGCGGGUUUCUCUGAUCAAAAUGGCCGGCGUCUCAUUCUCAUCGGCUGCCUCGUCGCCUUCGCCUUCGUCAAUAUCGCCCUCGCCCUUCAAACCAGUUUCCCUGCACUCGUUAGUCUCCGCUGUCUCCAAAGUUUCAGCACAAGCAACAUCGCCGUGGUCGCGGCUGCCACAGUCGCAGACGUGAUCACUCGGGCCGAACGCGGCAAAUACCUCGCAUACAUCACACUAGGACCCAACAUCGGCAGUGCGGUCGGUCCCAUCGUCGGCGGCGUGCUCACCCAGUUCCUGGGGUGGCGAAGCAUCUUCUGGCUCUUAGCCAUCUUCGCCGCUCUGCUCGCCAUUCUAGUCAUCUGCUUCCUGCGGGAGACCUGCCGCGCCCUCGUCGGCAAUGGUAGCAUCCCCCCCGCGCCCUACAACAGAACCCUCUUCGACAUAAUCCGCCCGUGGACACCCCACACCCCCGAGAAGAUUGAAGAGACAACACUCACCACGUUUAAACGGCGGCCCAGCGUGCUCGACGCCCUCAAAAUCCUCUUCGACCUCGAAUCCUGCUUCAUCAUCCUGUACAACACCGCCCUCUACUGCGGCUUCACGGCGGUAACAAGCAGCAUCCCGGCCCUCUACGAACGAACCUACGGCUUCAACUCCCUCGAAGUCGGCCUCGCCUACCUGCCCUAUGUCCUAGGCAGCACUCUCUCCCGCUGGACAGUAGGCAACCUCGCAGACUGGAACUUUGCGCGCCACGCCCGCACCGCAGGCAUCACGAUCCAGAAGAACCACCAAUGCGCCGAGCAGCUAGCGCGCAUUCCACUCGAGCGAGCACGGCUACAGCUUGCCCUGCCCCUGGCAUAUCUAUCAACUGUCUUCCUGGCAGCCUACGGCUGGGUGAUCCAACGCGAAGUGCACAUCGCCGCGCCGCUUUCGCUGCUCUUUCUAAUGGGAAACACAAUGACGGGCACUAGCAACACGCUAAACCUGCUGAACAUCGACAUCAAUGCGCAGCGCCCGGCCACGGCCACGGCUGCGAUGAACUUUUUGCGGUUCACGUGCGGUGCUGGGGUCGCGGCCGCGGCGUUGCCGCUGGAAGGCGCGAUCGGGACCGGCUGGAUGGCGACGCUCGUUUCGGGGGUGCAUUGGCAAUUACAAUCAAACCAUAAUCAGGGGAGAUAUUUCAAGACACAGGAUGAGUUACACUACAAUAUCAUCAAGCAACUGCAGUCACACAAUGCAGCCAUGUAA